AUGCGCGUUUCCAUCCUCACCGCAGCCCUCGUGGCAGCUCCCGUCUUGGGCUACCCCGGCAUGAAGAACACCUUCGCCGAGAUUGCGGCCCGCCAGGGCAGUUCCAGCGGCGGCAAGUCGACCGAGAUCAUUGGCGAUCUCGCGACGCUCGACGACUCGAAGCUCACGCCCGUUGGCAAGAACAUCAAGCAGCUCCUGUCUGGUGCCGGCAAUGCCGAGAGCGACGAGGCUUACCCUUCCGGCAAGAAGAGAUCCGCUCCUGUCCAUCCCAGAGACUACGGUUACGGGGGUGGUGGCGGCGGCGGAGGUGGUGCGCCUUCUGGAGGUGGUGGAGGCGGCGCUCCUCCCUCUGGUGGAGGUGGUCCGCCUCCAGCUUCCGGAGGUCGCGCUCCUCCAGCUCCUGGCGGUGGCAAGCCUCCUGCUCCCGGUGGCGCCCCACCUUCGGUCCCGGGAGGUGGGUCAUAUGGCGGUGCUCCUCCGGCCCCUGCAGGAGGCAAGCCGCCUGCUCCAGGCGGUAGUCCUUCUACUCCCGGUGGCAAGCCGUCAGCUCCAGGAGCCGGUAGUCCUCCUGCUCCCAACAAUGGCGCACUCCCAGCCAAAGAUACACCAGCUUGCGCUGCCGACACCUGCUGCAUCUGGAAGUACAUCGCUGACGACCUCGCAACCACUUUCAGAGGUGAAUCUGGCCGUUGCACCGACUUCGCUCGCGCAGCGAUUCGCCUUGGUUUCCACGAUGCUGCUGGUUGGUCUAAGGGAACCGGCAACCUCGGUGGCGCUGACGGCUCGAUUGUGUUGUCCUCUUCUGAAGCAACCCGCGUCGAGAACAAGGGUUUGGAAGAAAUCAUCGAGCAAACCAAGACAUGGUACAAUAAGUACAAGCAAUACGGAAUCAGCAUGGCGGAUCUCAUCCAGUUCUCCGCAAACGCUGCUACCGUUGUGUGUCCCCUAGGUCCUCGCGUCAGGACCUUUAUUGGACGAAAGGAUUCAUCAGUUGCUGCUCCUCCCAACCUCCUUCCCGACGUCAACAGCCCAGCUGAUGCCCUAAUCGAUCUUUUCAACAACAAAACUAUCAGCUCGUACGGCCUCAUUUCGCUCAUUGGUGCGCACACGACCAGUCAACAACGCUUUGUCGACCCUUCGCGUUCUGGCGACCCCCAGGACAGCACCCCUGGUGUGUGGGAUGUCAAGUUCUACUCCGAAACCAUCGGUAACGCUCCUCCGCGCGUGUUCAAGUUCAACAGCGACGUUGCACUAUCCAAGUACCCUAGCACAAGCGCCCAGUUCGCUGCUUUCGCCGGUCCUGGUGGCCAAGCUGCGUGGAACGCGGCCUACGCUCACGAAUACGUCCGUCUUUCUCUUCUGGGCGUUUACAACAUCAACGACUUGACGGAAUGCACAAAGUCACUUCCCGCACGCUGGGCUCCGUCCGGUUUCACUGCCUCCGACCAGGGCAACGUCGACACUUGGGUCGCCAGCAAGGGUCCAGUCCCCAACAUUCCCGAUGAGAUUAGAGGAGGCAAGCCCAUCGGACCUCCCCCGCGUCCAUCAGGCCCCGGAGCAUCAGGCAACAGUCCUGCUCCUCCUACGCCGAAGGGUGGUGCUCCUGGCGGGCAGUACGGAAACGGUCCGUCUUCCCCGCCUAAAGGCAACGCCCCUGCUGCGCCGAAAGGCAACGGUCCGGCCGCCCCGCCCAAGGGCAAUGCACCCGGUGGACAGUACGGUGGGGGCGGUGCGCCUCCGAAGGACAACUCUCCCCCGACAGGCAACGGCCCAUCUGCUCCUCCGAAGGGCAACUCUCCCCCGGGCGGCAAUGGUCCAUCUGCCCCUCCCAAGGGUAACUCACCCGGUGGACUGUAUGGCGGCGGCGGCGGCGGUGGCGGCGGUGGUGCACCUCCCAAAGGCAACUCUUCUCCCCCGUCCACCGGUGGUGGUGGCGGUGGUGGCUACGGUUACUAG